CUUUGCAAGUGAAGUCUCCACAAAGGGACCUUUAAAAAUGUUCUUAUCAUGUAUUUAUUACUAGGUGUUGAUGAUGCAGAGAUAUUUAGGAAUCGCAAGUCCUAUAUGUCUAUUAAUGUGCAGACUAUAAGUGAUGCCAACUUAUUAAUAACAGAUCUUGUUGCUCGCUGGCUAGGCUCAACACAUGACUCUACCAUACACCAAAACAGUCAAAGACACCGAGUGUUUGAAAGUGGAGCUUAUAACGUUGCAUAUCUCUUAGGGGACAGUGGAUAUCCUUUGAAGAGUCAUCUUUUGACUCCGUACUUGAACCCUUCAACUCAUGGAGAAUGAAAGUAUAAUGAAGCUCACAUAAAAACAAGGAACAUUGUUGAACGUCAGUAUGGUGUUUUAAAAAGAAGAUUCCCUGUUUUCGCUGUAUGUUUAAGGUUAAAACUGACAACUUUUGUGCACGUUAUAUUGACCUGUUGUAUCUUGCACAAUAUAUCUAUAUAUAUAAAAGAAAAUCGUGUUAGUUACACUAU